UAUAAAAGAACGAGCUCUGCUUAUCACAAUGCACUGCCUGAAACGUUUGAAGACAGCUAACUCGGGGACUCUGCAGCUGAUUAAAAAUGCAGUUUUCUCCUCCCGAGUUGGAGCUGACAUGAUGUCCAGGAGUCAGCAACCUGUUUCUUCAUCCAUCUGGGCAGCAUCAGCACACACCCACAGAGACUUUCAUCAUCUAAACACCUCCGUUGAGGACCAAGGACAUUCCAAAAGCCGUUUGAUGUCCAGCAUGGAGGACCUAUUGUUUUACACCAUCACAGACGGCAAAGAGACGAUCCCCCUGUCUCAGUUCACCUCUGCUCUGAGGAGAACAGGUCUGUUAACAUCCGACCCUCGGCUGCAUGACUGCAUCCGUCAGAUGCGACAGUCCACACAGGACUCCAUUGGACCGGUCAUGAUGGACAAGAAGCUCUUCAGAAGAGACACUCAGUGGGCGACACCAAGGUCCCCUUCUGCCUGCAGUCGUGCGUGAAGCCUCUGGAGUACGCCAUCGCGGUGCACGAGCUCGGCAGCGAGCUCGUGCACCGCUUCGUGGGCAAAGAGCCCAGCGGGUUCAAGUUCAACAAACUGUCGCUGAACGAAGAAGAUAAACCACACAACCCAAUGGUGAACGCCGGAGCUAUCGUCAUCAGUUCUUUGAUCAAGCCUCAUUCCAAUAAGGCAGAAAGAUUUGACUUUAUAAUGGAGUUCUUGAAAAGUACAGCAGGUUCAGAGUACGUGGGGUUCAGCAAUGCAACUUUCCAGUCAGAGAGGGAGACUGGUGAUAGGAAUUAUGCUAUUGGUUAUUACCUGAAAGAGAAAAAGUGCUUUCCUGACAACGCAGAUAUGACAGCAGCCCUUGACUUUUACUUUCAGCUGUGCUCCAUCGAGGUGAACUGUGAGUCAGGAAGUGUCAUGGCCGCCACGCUGGCCAACGGAGGCAUCUGCCCAAUCACAGGUGACCGUGUGUUGAGCGCUGAAGCCGUUCGUAAUACGUUGAGUCUCAUGCACUCCUGUGGGAUGUACGACUUCUCAGGGCAGUUUGCCUUCCACGUGGGCUUGCCAGCAAAAUCUGGAGUCUCAGGCGCUGUGCUGCUGGUGGUUCCAAACGUCAUGGGCUUGAUGUGUUGGUCUCCUUCGUUAGAUCGGCUAGGAAACAGUGUUCGAGGCAUUCACUUCUGUCAGGAGCUUGUUUCUUACUUCAACUUCCACAACUAUGACAACUUGAGGCAUUUCACCAAAAAACACGACCCCAGGAGACGGUCGGACGAUGAUCCAAACAAGUCAGUUGUGAACCUGAUGUUUGCAGCGUACAGCGGAGACGUCUCUGCCCUGAGGAGGUUUGCCCUUUCAGCCGUGGACAUGGACCAGAGGGACUACGACUCUCGCACGGCACUCCACAUCGCUGCUGCAGAAGGUCAUGAGGAAGUUGUAAGGUUUCUAAUUGAAAUCUGUAAAGUGAAUCCUCACGUUAAAGACAGAUGGGGCAACACACCUCUGGAUGACGCCAUGCAGUUCAGCCAUAACGCUGUGGUUUCAGUCCUGCAGAAAUACCAGAGCGUGUUCAACGAUAGCCAAUCAGCCGGCGGCACAGAUGAGCAGAAGACCGCACUGGACUUGAUGAAGGAAACUCUUUAAACCUCGUGUCAUCAGGAGGGUUUGUUCUGCAAACCUUUCUCUGAAAGGACACUAAACAACUGAGAAAACCUUUGAAUUAUUUUUUUAUGAAAGUUGUCACUUUUUUCCUGUGCUUAAGAGCAUAAAUUUAGGUGUCUGAAGUCACUAACUAUUCUAAAAUUUGCCUCCAAAACAAUCCGAUCUUUUAGCUCCACAUACUUUAUGGUUUACGUCUUCACUGAGAAACCUAAUGACUGAAAACUUUGAUUCUUUUUUACUUGUCAUUAAAUACAAAGUUAUAGAAAAGCUAUUAGCAAGAUAAACGGUUUCGUUUAAAAUGACCCUGGUUAAAAAUUGAGCUGAGAACUUGCCAUGACUGUGAUGGAUGGCUGCAGUUUACUGAUCCGCAGGUAUUUAUGAUGAACACCUGAGUCAGUUUCACAGACUGGACUUUCAAGGCUGAACUGCUCACAGCUAAAACACGGACCCUCAAACUGUAGAGAAUUUAAAGGUUUUUGAGGAUAAAUGGUGCUAAUUUAUCGAAGGCACAGAUUUGAUCUGUCUGACAGAAAAGCUGCAGAUUUUCUUUCAGGGAUUGUUUUGUAUAAUUUGUGUAUUUUGGGGCUACAGGAUGAUGUCAUUUCGCAGGAGGGGAGGUCUGCGGUUCAAGCAUUCAGGAGAGGCAGGAGGUGGGGGAAAGUGUCUUACUUGGUCUCAGUUAGGGGAAAAAGGGUUAAAAUAUUUUAUAUAUGUGAUUUAUGUCUGUAAAGUUUAUUUAGACCAAAGCCUGUUUUUAGAUAUCAAAUUGUAAAAUGUAUGUCGUUUUCAAAUGUAAUAAAAUGUAUAAUUAUUUUAAA